GCCCACCGCUGCCGCUGCUUCAGCACCGGAGCCCGGACAGCGGCGCCGCCCACGGGCAUGGACGGUGGUAGCAGCCCCAGCUGCUGCAACGAUCAUCUCUCAUCUCGUUGCCAGUUUCUGAAGAGCGAACAGAGGCCUGAGGGGAAUACGUUUAGCCCCGGAAGGCAGCUGCCGGGACAAGUAGGAAGAAGCUCUCUGUAGAUCCCGCUGGAAGAUCGUCUCGGCUCGCCUGCAUCAGGUCCUAGACCAAAGCCAUGGCUCCCGAGGCAAGCCCAGAGAGAAGCUGCUCCCUCCAUGCCUGUCCCCUGGAAGACCCAACAGGCGCUCCGGUGCCAGCACCGGCAGUUGCCCUCCAGGCUGUAGACCCGACCAGUCCGUUAACAGCGGGCCAUUUUGCCUUUCCUCGAGCGCCUCAAGACUAUCAAGAAGGCAGUUCGUUACUAGGAUUGGGAGACCAAGCGUCUCUAUGUGCCCACGUCUCCAACCUCAGCACUUCCAUAGACCCCUCUCAGCAUGAUGGGGUCUGGAAGCCACCUUCCGUGCAACGCCAUGUGGUCAGUGUCAGGCAGGAACGCUCUUUCCGGAUGCCAAAGAGCUAUUCCCAGUUGAUUGCUGACUGGCCGGUGGCCGUGCUGCUGUCGUGCCUGGCCUUCAUCUUCCUCUGUACCCUAGCUGGGCUGUUGGGAAGCCCACCACUUGACUUUUCGGAGCCUUUACUGGGUUUUGAGCCUCGGGACACAGAGAUCAGCCGAAAGCUAGAAGUCUGGAAAGCCAUGCAGGCCCUCACUGGCCCCAAGAAUCUGCUUUCUCUCUCCCCGGACCCUGAGAUCAACAGCUCAGGCCUCCUAAGCACCCUGAGCCCCGCAGCCUGGGGCAGGGCUGAGGAAAGUGUGGUCCGAAACAAGAGGAUGGUGGGGCCAGUGGAAGACAAAGAAGAGGAGAACUUCUUUUGCGGCCCUCCUGAGAAGAGCCACGCAAAGCUGGUGUUUGUGUCCACCUCUGGGGGAAGCCUGUGGAACCUGCAAGCCAUCCAUUCCAUGUGUCGAAUAGAACAGGAGCAGAUCCGCUCUCAUAUCAGCUUCGGGGCUCUGUGCCAGCGAUCAGCAGCCAAUGAGUGCUGUCCCAGCUGGUCCCUGGGCAACUAUCUGGCUGUACUGUCCAACCGCUCCUCCUGCAUGGACACGACCCAAGCCGAUACCGACCGCACCCUGGCCCUGCUUCGGUUCUGUGCCACCUUCUACCAUCGUGGUGUCCUCGUGCCGGCUUGUGUGGGAUCUGGGCAGAACAAACCCCCGUUUUGUGCCCAAGUCCCCACCAAGUGUACCCGAAGCACCGCGGUCUAUCAUCUCCUGCACUUCCUGCUAGACAGGGACUUCCUGAGUCCCCAGACCGCCGAUUACCAGGUGCCCUCCCUCAAGUUCGGCCUGCUCUUCCUGCCCAUCACAAAGACUUCCUCCCUGCUGGACAUCUACUUGGACGGCCUGGUUGACCCAAUUAAAGUCUCUGACAACUAUACGUCUAUCAGCGGCAUGGACUUGGGCCUCAAGCCCAGACUGCUGAAGUACUACCUAGCCGAAGACACCAUGUACCCCUUGGUGGCUCUGGUUGUCAUCUUCUUUGGCAUGUCUCUCUACCUGCGCUCCCUCUUCAUCACGUUCAUGUCACUGCUGGGGGUGGUGGGCUCCCUCAUGGUGGCCUUCUUUCUCUACCACGUAGCGUUCCGCAUGGCCUACUUCCCCUUUGUCAACCUAGCGUCCCUCCUCCUGCUUAGUGGCGUCUGUGUCAAUUACAGUCUCAUCUUCUUCGACCUGUGGCGCCUCAGCCGGGGCCAGGUGCCCUCCGGGGGUCUGGCACACCGCGUGGGCCGCACCAUGCACCACUUUGGCUACCUGCUUCUGGUCUCGGGCCUCACCACCAGCGCGGCCUUCUACGGCAGCUACCUGAGCCGCCUGCCCACAGUGCGUUGCUUCGCCCUCUUCAUGGGCACCGCUGUGCUGGUGCACAUGGGGCUCACGCUGCUCUGGCUUCCGGCCACCGUUGUGCUGCACGAGCGCUACCUGGCACGCGGCUGCGUGUCCCAAGCCCAGGGCCAGAGGGGCGGCAGCGACCCCUUGCGGCUGUUGCUGGCGUUGCACAGACGGAUCCGCAUUCUCCGCAGGAUUAUUUCCAUCCUCUCUCGCCUGCUCUUCCAGCGCCUGCUGCCCUGUGGCGUCAUCAAAUUUCGGUACAUCUGGAUCUGCUGGUUCGCGGCGUUGGCGGCAGGGGGCGCCUACAUCGGCGGCGUCAGCCCACGCCUGCAACUGCCUAUUCUCCUGCCGCUGGGCGGUCAGGUCUUCCGGUCCAGCCAUCCCUUUGAGCGCUUUGAUGCCGAGUACCGCCAGCAGUUCCUGUUCGAGGAUCUUCCCCCCAACGAGGGCGGCAACUUGCCAGUGAUUCUGGUGUGGGGAAUCUUGCCAGUCGACACUAGUGAUCCCCUGGACCCUCGCAGCAACAGCUCCGUGGUCAGCGAUCCUGAUUUCUCCCCCGGCAGCCCUGAGGCUCAGGAGUGGCUCCUGGCCCUUUGCCACGGAGCCCAGAACCAGACCUUCUAUGGAGAGCAGCCAGAGGGUUGGCCUACACUGUGCUUGGUGGAAGCCCUGCAGCAGUGGAUGGAGAGCCCCAGCUGUGGCCGCCUGGGUCCCGAUCUAUGCUGUGGCCAGUCGGAAUUCCCCUGGGCCCCCCAGCUUUACCUGCACUGUCUCAAGAUGAUGGCUCUGGAGCAAAGUCCCGACGGCAGCCGUGACCUGGGGCUCCGCUUCGAUACUCACGGCAACCUGGCGGCUCUAGUUCUCAAGUUCCAGACCAACCUACCGUACAGUACAGAGUACGGCCCGGUCCACCAUUUCUACACCGAAGUCAGCCGCUGGCUGUCAACAGAGAUGGGCAGUGCACCUCCGGGCAUCAACCAGGGCUGGUUCACGAGCACCUUGGAGCUCUACAGCCUCCAGCAUAGCCUGAGCACGGAGCCUGCUGUCGUGCUUGGUCUGGCCCUGGCCCUGGCCUUCGCGACCUUACUGCUGGGCACCUGGAACGUCCCCCUCAGCCUGUUCUCGGUGGCGGCUGUGGCUGGCACCGUCCUGCUCACCGUGGGCUUGCUGGUCCUGCUCGAGUGGCAGCUCAACCCUGCCGAGUGUCUCUUCCUCUCCGCCUCCGUGGGCCUCUCUGUAGACCUAACGGUCAACUACUGCAUCUCCUACCACCUGUGCCCGCACCCGGACCGCCUGAGCCGGGUGGCCUUCUCCUUGCGUCAGACCAGCCGGGCCACAGCCAUGGGGACCGGAGCGCUCUUUGCCUCCGGCGUGCUCAUGCUGCCUUCCACCAUACUGCUCUAUCGAAAGCUGGGCAUCAUCGUCAUGAUGGUCAAGUUCCUUGGCUGUGGCUUUGCCAGCUUCUUCUUCCAGUCCCUGUGCUGUUUCUUUGGGCCAGAGAAGAACUGUGGGCAGAUCCUGUGGCCCUGCGCCCACCUGCCGUGGGAUGCCGGGACCGAGGACCCUGAUGAGAAGGGACGGACAGGGCCACCGGGGUUCUCGGAGCACUAUGAGUUGCAGCCCCUGUCUCGGCGCCGGAGCCCCAGCUUUGACACCAGCACAGCCACAAGCAAGCUGUCCCACCGGCCCUCCAUCCUCUCUGAAGAUUUCCAGCUGCAUGACGGCAGCUGCUGCCUCCGGCACGUCCCCGUCCCUGCCAACCCCAGGGAUCUGCUCCUGGACCACCAGGUAGUCUUCAGCCAGUGUCCAGCCCUGCAGACCUCCUCCCCCUAUAAGCAGGCUGGCCCCAACCCCCAAACCUGGAUCAUUCAGGACUCCCAGGGACGGAGAGCUCAGAUCUUACAGGCCCUGCCGAUAGCCCCUGCCCACUGCCCCAAGCCCAGAGUCGAAGAGCUCCCCGAUGGCCUCUGCUCCUCAGGCAGCACCCUGGAGGGACUCAGCGUCUCAGAUGACACCUGUGCCUCUGAGCCCAGCGUCCGUGUGCCAGAUUCUGUGGGCACCUCUCCGGAAGUCAUGAAUGGCACUGGGCACCCCAUACUGGAGCGGGGCCAGCUGAACGGGAAACGUGACACCCUGUGGCUGGUGCUCAAGGAGGCCAUCUAUGACCCAGGCCUGCCCAACCCUCAUCACAGCAGCUUAUCCUGGAAGGGCCGCGGUGGGCCGGGUGACAUCAGCCCCGUGGUGCUUCCCAACAGUCAGCCAGACCUGCCGGAUGUUUGGCUCCGCAGGCCUAACACCUACACCUCUGGCUAUAGCAGCUGAGAGAGGCCCAGGAAGGCCAGACCAGGGUCCAGAGCCCUGUUGGUGAAGAGAAAGCAGGUGCCACCCUUAGCCUAGAGCUUGAAGGUAUUUCUCCGUAUCGACGUGAUGUCUCACCCUCCUACUAUGGAUUCUAAACCCUGCCAGAUGUUCCAGCCUUGAUCUCUUUGCUACUCACCCCUACAUCUGGAGGAGUCAGUGGGAGGGCCUUACAAGAUAAUACUAGGCUCUCCCUGUGACCAGCUGAGGACUCACCUGCCCCCACAGUGCCAACAAGGACCCCUCCUCUGGGUAGGGAGGAGGCCAGAUGUGCAGCUCCAGGUGUCAGGGAAGGCUCAUCAGCUCUCCCAGGUGGCAAGAAAUUCAGUGACUCUAAGGUACCCUCUCUUUGGGAUCCUGUUGAGGUACCUCACUGACUAGAAAAGCCCUGAAGACCCUCCACAGCCUACUGAAUUUCAUCCCGUCUCGUCAGCUCUUAAUCGGGACACUUCGCUUUUUGGGGGAGCUUCUCUGGGCUGGAACUGAGCAUGGCUCUCUGUCCUGCAUCGCCCCAUUCUGUUCACACUCCCCAAUGUGACCAGACCCUCUCCAAAAGUAGGACAGAGGCAGCUUCUGGGAGAGAAGCAGGAGACAUGAAGGCCGGCUUUGGAGCAUCCCUAAAUUCCAAGAUUCCCUCGCAGGAAGCUGACUCCACAAUGCGCUUCCUCCCCACCCUACCCCACCCCCGUUAAUGAAUGAUAGACAUCCCUUUCCGUCGCCUCUUGCCUCUCCUGCCGGGCUUCUUGGGCUCCUGCAACUUCACGACACAGGGGCCUGCAGUUGGUCAAGACACUGACUAAGGAAGGUUGACUGACUGUUACCCAGAGUCAUGUCACUAGUUAUCGGCAGAGUGCUCUCCUUGCUUAUUCCGCUACUAUAGCUCCCUCCUGACUGCCUGCUUCAGGGCCGUUGGCCCGUGGCUGCCUUGAUCCUUUGCCUCUGGCCCUUCCCCACUCUCCCUUCUUGAGUGUCUCUUUGUAUAGCCUCCUUCCUCUUUGGGCCUCCACCUCCAGAAAGAGUUGUAGUCGAGCCAAGCCCGGGGUUGCUCUUUUCCUUUGACCUUCCCCUCUGAAACUCUCUGAGAUGCCUACUAGCAAUGGGGUACCACCAUUGCUUGCUGUACUACAGAUCACGAGCAGCCGAGCCCAACCUUAGGCUUCAAGGGCAUGCCUCUUCCAUGGAUGAGGCCUACAGACAGGCUUUGCUGGGAGAGUUACCGAGUGAACAGAAUCUAGUUAAAACAGGAGUGCAGACUCGUUUUUGUGAGGUUGUUCAUGAACCUGAAGUUUCUCUAGGUCAUAUUCUAAAGACUAGGUCUCUCUAGAGCGCCAGGGGGACUCAAGACCAAAGUCUGGCUUUCCCCCACCCCCAAAGCAAAGAAUCUGUCCUGAGGCUUUAUCUCAGGUGACACAGCUCAUGACACUAGGCAACAUCAGACAGCUGACUGAACAUCUGCUUUGGGAAUGGCGUUGUAAGGAAGAGAGAUGGGAAAGGGACAGCUGGUCUUCUGCGUGGGAAGCAACUUCCAAACACAGGCAGGCAUUAGCGGGUCAGUGCUACUGCGGAACCUGGGUUCCCAGCAUGAGGUGACCAGGGAGAUCUCCUGGAGAGAAAUGGCUUCAGCUGGGCUUCAGAAGAUCAAGCUGGGAGGAGGCAUGGUGGCCUUGCUUCAAAGGUCCCCUAAGGGCCUUUCAAAGGACUCCUGUGUCUAAAAAGUAGCUUUUCCAAUGGGUGCAAGAGUUGGGGGGGAGGGGAGCAGCCAGCUCAGCUCUCCAGGGGCCCCCCAGGUUUCUGUCAAAUCCAUAGGACAUGACAUGAAGACCAGCAAUGUAGGCCAUCUUAGCUAUGAGUAACAGAAGUGAAAGGAAUUGUUGAGCACCAAACAAUCUGUGGCAAGCUAGAGGCAAGCCAGAGGGCAGUUUGGUUUUGUUCAUUUGUUUUGCUUUGCUUUGUUGCGUUCCUGUCUUAUCAAAAUCUACCUCCCACCCCAAGUAGCCCAGGACCAGGGGAGCAGAAACUCAAAGGAGAACAUAAGAAUGUGGAAAAGACGGAAGACAACUGUCCCUCAGAUUCUCUGGAGAACUGGUUCCAGUGCACCCCGACCCCCACGUCAUGCCAAAAUCUGAGGAUGCUUGAGUCUCUUAUGUAGAAUGGUGUAGUAUUUGCUGAUACUGAUGCAUAUCCUCCUAUAUACUUUAAGUCGUCUCUAGAGUGCUUAUAAUGCCUAAUAGGACGAAAAGGCUAUGUCAGUCCUUAAUGCCGUGUUGUUGUUGUAAUAAUGACAAGAAAAAAAAUGUGUGUGUGUGUGUGAGA